AUGCAACCGGCCGAAUACGACGUUGUCCGCGCCGCUGCGGCGAUGAAUCUGAAGUUGAAAAUCCACAUUGCAUACAACACCAUUCCCCAGGAAUCCCUCGCAUAUAUCCGAUCUGCCACUCUUAUCGGUCUCCGCGAUGACAACGCGCAGGUGCGGAAUUCUGCUGGUAUCGUGAUAACAGAGUUGAUCGCAAUGGCGGGGCUAUUGGCGUGGCCCGAGGUCCUCCACGAGCUGCUAACGCUUGUUGAAAACCCGGCCGGAGAUGCCAAUACGACAACUCGCGAAGCCGCCAUGUCGGCAUUGUUCAAGGUUUGCGAGGAUAACCGCAAGAUCCUUGAGCGGGAAUACAGCGGGCAGUGCCCCUUGGACGUCAUCAUCCCAAAGCUCCUAUCGUUCAGCUCUAUCGAGAGCUCCCGAAUCCGAGAGUCGGCAGUCAAGGCUAUUCUCAUCUUCCUCCCGCACCGGCCCAACUCUCUGAUUACGCAGAUGGACGUGUUCUUGUCGCAAUUAUUCCAGCUAUCCAGCGACUCUUCCUUGGAUGUCCAGCGCACGGUCUGCCAGGCUUUCGCACAGCUCGUGGAUUUUGCUCCAGAGAAACUCAUUCCUCACAUGGAUGGGCUGGUCAACUACAUCAUCAUGCAGCAGCAGAGCCAGAUCGACCCAGAACUGAACCUGGAUGCGGCUGAGUUUUGGCUAGUUGCGGGUGAACAGGCUGCGUUACAACAACCUUUGGCGCCUCAUAUGCCCAAGAUCGUCCCAGUGCUCCUGCAGAGCAUGGUAUAUGACGAGGAGGAGGCUAUUCGGCUUGCAGGAGAGGGCGACGAUGCCGAUGUGGAAGAUCGCGAAGAGGAUCUGAAACCUCAGUUUGCCAGGUCAAAAGCUGGGCGUAUGGACGUUUCGAAGGGACAACAGAACGGAAACGCGUCGGCGCAGGCGCCGGAGGAUGAGGACGAUGAUUUGAGCGAAGGUGAGAUCGAAGACUCUGAAUUUGGAGACGACCCGGAGGAUGAAUGGACGCUACGCAAGUGCUCCGCCGCUGCGCUGGACGUUUUCUCGAAUGUAUACCACGAACCCAUAUUUGAAGUCAUUUUGCCUUAUCUGAAGGAGACUCUCCGUCACGAGCAAUGGGUGCAGCGAGAGGCUGCUGUUCUGACACUGGGUGCGGUAGCUGACGGCUGCAUGGACGCCGUUACUCCCCACCUUCCUGAACUUGUUCCGUAUCUCAUUUCGCUGCUGAACGAUGCGCAACCCGUGGUCCGACAAAUUACUUGUUGGUGUCUCGGUCGUUACUCCGAAUGGGCUUCACAUAUCGUCGAGCCUGCGGAGCGUGCUAGGUUCUUCGAACCCAUGAUGGAGGGCAUCCUGCGUCGCAUGCUUGACGGAAACAAGAAGGUUCAAGAGGCAGCCGCCUCGGCGUUUGCGAGCUUGGAAGAGAAGUCGGAUGCCAACUUGAUCCCCUACUGCGAACCUAUUUUGCGCCAGUUCGUGCUUUGCUUUGGAAAGUACAAGGACCGGAACAUGUACAUUCUCUACGACUGUGUGCAAACGCUCGCCGAGUGCGUCAUGGGCGAACUGGCGAAGCCUCAUCUUAUCGACAUCCUGAUGCCCGCUCUCAUCGACCGCUACAACAAGGUGUCCGACCAAUCUCGAGAGCUCUUCCCUCUUUUGGAAUGCUUGGGAUACGUCGCAGCGGCAUAUGGGGAUGCGUUUGCUCAGUUCGCAGCGCCUCUCUUCCAACGGUGUAUUAAGAUAAUUUACACGAACUUGCAGGAAUACAUGGCAUCUGUGAACAACAACGCCAUUGACGAACCUGAUAAGGACUUCCUGGUGACCAGCUUGGAUCUGCUGAGCGCGAUCAUCCAAGCGAUCGACCCCAACAAGAGCGGCGAAUUGAUCGCUAACUCGCAACCGCGGUUCUUUGAUCUGCUCUGCUUCUGCAUGGAGGAUCCCAACUACGAGGUGCGGCAGUCGUCCUACGCUCUGCUUGGCGACUGUGCCAUCAACAUCUUCCCUCAACUGGAGCCGUUCAUCAACAACAUCAUGCCAGCCCUGAUCAAGCAGCUGGAUUUGGACAUGAUCCGAGACGACGACCGCCACACCGGCUUCAGCGUGCUGAACAACGCCUGCUGGUCUUGCGGUGAGAUCGCUGUGAACGAAAAGGCCGCGCUCGCCCCGUACGCGGAGAAGCUGUACCACGGGCUCGUGGCCAUCAUCAACAACGAGGAGAUCAUCGACUCGGUCAACGAAAACGCUGCAAUGGCCCUUGGCCGUCUCGGAAUCUGCUGUUCGGACCAGCUUGCGCCUCGCCUGGCCGAGUACGCCGGCCCGUUCCUGAAGUCCAUGGGCCGAAUUGAUUUUACGCGGGAAAAGGCCUCAGCGUUCCUCGGGUUUAACCAGGUCGUGAUGAAGAACCCAGCGGCUAUGGAGUCAUCCCUUGGAGUUUACUUCGGGGCCAUCGCCAACUUCCCCAGCAAGUCGCUCCACCAAGAUGAAUACCACGACAUCCAAAGCUCAUUCCAACAGGUCCUCCAAGGUUAUAAAAAUAUGAUACCCGAUUUCGAUUCGUUCAUGUCUCAACUUUCCCCGCCCGUUGCGCAGAAGCUCCGUUCUGUAUAUCAGAUUUAG